AUAGCCUAAGCUCUGCCAAGGCGCCAAGCCAAACAGAGCCUAAGAGCAUAGUUCUCUACCUCAGUACAGUACCCACGUCCCGCGCGGCGCACCCAGGCCAUCGCCGGCCUCACGCUCCUCACCGGCGACGGACUCAGGACGUCACACCUCAGACUGUCACAUUUAUCUCAGUAUAUCCGCCAAUUCACCAUCCUCAUUCCUCGACAAGACGCCGUUGCCACUUGCCAGCCCCGCCUCGCCGUUCGGCUGAAUCAUAAGGUUGAAAGAACUUGGAGAAUGAAAUCACACUCUAAUGCAAGCUGAUUUGUUAGACUGGGAAAGCUUGUGGCUUCCUAUGUCGACAUCUGAGAAUCCAUUGCAGCUUCUCUUCCAAACAUUUGAGAAGGUAUCAAAUAGCAUCCAAACCCAUCUCUCUCAAUUCCUAAGAUUUCCGAACAACCCACACGCCAAGCCGCUCUUUGCUAUCUCUACAGCUCCAAAACCUAACCGCUUGGCUCCAAGACCUGCCGUCUCUGCUCUUCUCCAUCCCGCUGAAGUUCCAAAGAAGGAAAUUUCUGCUGGCCCAGUGACUAAAGAAGAGCUUGGAAGGGCCACUUGGGUUUUUCUUCACACUCUUGCAGCUCAGUACCCAGAGAAGCCAACAAGGCAACAAAAGAAGGAUGUAAAAGAAUUGAUGGCAAUCUUAUCUCGCAUGUACCCUUGCAAGGACUGUGCUGAUCAUUUUAAAGAAGUUCUACGAGCAAAUCCUGUACAAGCCAGAUCUCAAGCUGAGUUUUCCCAAUGGUUGUGUCAUGUGCACAAUGUUGUUAAUAGAAGUUUGGGUAAACCCAAUUUCCCUUGUGCACGGGUUGAUGCACGGUGGGGUAAGCUCGAUUGUGAGCAGCGUAACUGUGACUUGCAAGGAAGUGACAAGCUUUGGUAACGAGACAUAUUCAAGUUUCCGGUAGGAAAUGGCGGUGGCUGAAUCUAUUGUGUAUUGAUGUUUUCAAAAGCCCAAGUACUCAGUAGUAGUUUUAUAAAUAGCCAUGGCUACAGCUUCAUCCAUAGAUUUUCACUUACAAGUUAAUAUCCUUAAAUCUUCUCCCAACCAUAGUAAUUCUACUGGUUUGUAUAAAGUUAGAUGUGUGCUAUUUUUGUUGUAGAUGUUCAUGUUUUUGCCAUGAUCUGAUGGGAUCCUUUUUCAGUGUGUAAAUGUUGUACCGGAUUAAGACAAUAUCUCUUUAAUGGCGCCAAAUUUUGGCUGUAUGAUAUUGUUUACGCCUCAA